CUGGCCCAAGUGGGGAUUCCGUUGUUGAUGGCGAUGGCGUGAAAAUAUUAUCAUCACGUUGGUGCGGUCUACAGUCGGGAUUGAGAUAAUUAUGGUGGAGGAUUUGGGAUUUGGGAUUGAGGAAUUAGUAGGGUGGAUGGGCGGUAGUUACACUCUAAAUAUAUCUCUCUCUCUCUUUCUCUCUCUCUGGUCUUGUCAUGUGGACUGUGAUUGGGAGUUUAAGGCGGUUUUAACUCCGUUCCUCUGCCUCAGCCAACUCCUGCUCUCGUUGCACAUUGCGCACUGGAUGGAUGGAUUGCUUUGGGCUUACAUUGACGGAAUCGUACUGAACUUGUCGGACGGAUCCGCGGUACAGCAGGCAGCUUGAGGUGUAUUAUUUGGAGGGGUUUGGGUUUGUCUCGUUGCGUUGUUUCUACUAAAUGGAUUGUUUGAGCCGGAUGGAAUCUUCUUCUUGGGCUUCUUGGUCUUCGAUUUCGAGUGUUUUGUGAGUAAAUUUCAGGUGCUGCUGCUGCGGCGGCAUUCAUUGCUUGUACUGGGGGGUUCUUGAUGUUUGAGCCGGUGUUUGGGAAAGUUGUGUGUAUCUGGGAUUUCAGAGCUCAGAGAUUCGAUUCAGGCUCCGUGCAUGUUCUGAGCAUUGGUUGUUUGGCAGGGACGACUGUUGCUUGUCUGUAAGUCUGGAUUGCAGUGAGUUGCUGGAGGAUUGAACUGAAUUCUGUGGAGGAGAGUUGUGGAGAAGGAUUUCUAGCAGGUAGAAACGCGUGGCCUCGAGAAUUAAGGUGAAUUGUGGAGGAAUUGCUGAGGAAAUCAUCUUUCUGAACUCAUGUUGAACGCCGCUCACAACGUUUGUAAUCAACGGUUCGCUGCACCGUCGCUUGAAAUGUUUGCGAUGCAGGAUCAAAGCGGCGUGCUGGAUUCGACUUUAAAUUCAAUGUUGCUGGCACCAGCAGUGGCAUCGACUUCAUGUAACCGUGCGCUUGGGCGCACAAGGCCACACCCGAGCCAGAUACUAAAAUGUCCCCGCUGCGACUCCAUUAACACAAAAUUCUGCUACUACAACAACUACAACCUCUCUCAGCCUCGCCAUUUCUGCAAGACCUGCCGCCGCUACUGGACCAAAGGCGGAGUCCUCAGAAAUGUCCCCGUCGGCGGCGGCUGCCGGAAGAACAAUCACAACAGGAAAUCCAAGCCCCGGAACAAUACGCCACCAGCAGACAAAUCCAAAUCCAAAUCCACCUCCAAUUCAGCCGCAACAGUGAGCAGCAGCGAGAGUUCACCCCUUACUGUCAACAACAACAACAAUAUUCAGGAAACCACUUCUUCCUCGACAUCUUUCAACAGCUCCACCGGCUACAGAUUUGGUUCAGAGCUCGGAGAAAUUCUAAAUGGGAACUACAAGGCCUCAGAUCAGUGCACGACGGCUCCGAUCCCCAGGUUGCUUAGCGGCACCGACUAUUUUCACCAACCAGAUUUUCUAAAUUCUGAAAAUUUGUCGUCCAGCAUUGACGCAAAUUCCUCUUCCUACAGUAAUCUGCUCGGCGCUUCGAACUAUGUAGGUCUAAGUUUUUCAGAUAUCCAGCAUAAAUUAGCGGGAUUCAGCAGCAAUAAUGUCCAAGAACCAUGCCCUGCAGCCCCUCAAGUCUUUAAUUUCAAUAAUAUUAGCUGUAAUAGUCACACCAAUAGCAAAACCAGUAUGACUCCAUCAGAUUGGCAAGUGAAUAACAACAUUGAAACAUUGCUUGAAGAUUCGUAUUGCUGGGGUGCAGAGCCGCAGGCUAUGUGGUCAGAUCAGGAGCCAAUCUACUUACCUGAGGGAAUUUGAACACUUGCUUUUGUCUGUGUUGUGAUAAUUUAUUGUAAUUGAAAGAAUUUUCCCAGCCUGGGAAAAUAUUAAAUCAGGAACAAUUUUGUUUCUGCUGGUGUGGUUUGCUUUGUUGGGAUCGGUUAACAAGUUAUGAAACCCCCCGCCAAAAAAAUCCAAGUUCAAAUCGCCCUUGGAGGAGUGCUCAGAAGAGUUCAACCUCAAUCGUUGGUUUCUCUUCCAUAAUUAUUCCAAAGAAAUUGUAAAAAAUGUUUCUUCUGGCUGGGUUAAAUUUCAAGAGGUUUUCCUUUUCAAGAGAUCUGAAAAGGAAAUGCCUGUCUCCCUUCCGUUGUAUACCAUAAAUGUCAGUAGAAUCAAUUCAGAUUCUUCUUUCUGCGUGUGA